AUGGCCUUAUGCUCUCAAAAUGGGAUUCAAUCUUUAUCCAUCGCCAGCAUUGUUGUCUGGAUGAAGCAUGAGUUUUAUGAUGAAGAUGACCUUAAGGUUGUUGGAAGGUGUAAGGCUAUUGGGUUCAAAGCUAUUUGCAAUAGUAGAAAUCAGUUUUUGGUGAACAAUUGGAGAUUGGGUGUUACAUGGACUAGUAUAUCCCCACGAACUUGUCAAUGGGUACCUCCAUCAGAUAAAAUGUGGGCACUCCAUUGUGAUGGUUCUCUAACACAUGAUAGGGCAGGUUAUGGUGGAAUUAUAAGGGACAGUAGAGGACAAUCAAUUCUGGCUUUUGCAGGAAAGGGGGUAGUAAGGUCAGUUUUAUAUAUGGAGCUCAUGGCAAUGCUAAAGGGGGUUGAUUUAUGUAAAAAAUUGAAUCUUUUACGCAUAUCAGUUAGAUCGGACUCAAAUGUAGCUGUGGAUAUCAUAAAUGGUCAGGUUGAAGGACCAUGGGAAAUCCAAACUCUUAAAAGCAAGAUUCUACAUUUGCUAAAGGAGUUUGAAAGGAAAGAGAUCAUACAUGUGUGGAGGGAGAGCAAUAGUCCAGCUGACUUUAUGGCUACAUAUGAUACAGGAGAUGGUGAAGCUAACAUUCGCCCUGAAGAUUUUCCUCAAGACUUGCAAAGUCUUGUGGACUUGGAUGCUAGCCGCACUGUUUAUUUUAGGAAGUAA